AGCCGGGUCAUCAAAUCAAUGCUCUGUGCUUAAACUGACCACAGAAAACUGAUAAAAAUAGGUACAUAUUCAGGCGAUAAUAAAAUCACGCCGAACUGCAUUGCAUGACGUCUUAUUCUUUCCAUCGUGACUCCAAUGGGACUUUCGUGUGCAGUGCCUUUGGUAGCCUUGCCAUCGUCGUCGUCCGAGACGGGAGUCUUCGAAGCCGUCGGCGCGCGCUCCUGCGCCAGGGGUCCCACGGUGUACGUGGUGACACCGACAUAUCGGCGGGCCACCCAGGCCCCCGACAUGGUCAGGCUUUCACAGGCGCUCAUGCUGGCAGAGGUUCGCAUCUUCUGGGUCGUCGUCGAGGACGCCGAACGGACAUCCACGUUGAGCGCGGUUGACCAGGGAAGUGCGGAAGUAGUGCUGGAGAAAGCUGCUGAUGCCCCGGCCGUCGAAGACGGCCUCGACGGUCUCGUAUACCCGGCGGCUGAACGCAUUGUGCACGUCCACCAGGAGGAGGCGAUCUGCAUCUCGACCACGAAGACGCUCAUCCAUGGUGUAGACGACGUGGAAAAUAUAAUGCGCCGGUCAGGGCUACCAGGCGUUCAGCUGGCCAGUCGGACUCCCGCGGAAUUUCGCGAAAGGCGAUACGGCAGGGGCGUCGCCCCUCGUUUGAAGGCGAUAGCGUGGCUGCGAGCCAACGCCGUAUUGCCCUCUGUUUUGUACUUUGCCGACGACGACAACACGUACGACCACCGCCUCUUCACCCAGAUUGCCCAGGUUCAGCGGGUUGGCGUGCUACCUGUGGGACUCGUAGACAAUCAAAACUUCAGUUCCCCCGUGGUGUCGCCCGAUGGGCGCGUAGUGAGCUUUCACGACCCGUACACGAAAAACCGUACCUUCUCCGUGGACAUGGCCGGGUUCGCCGUCAACAUGCGGCUCGUUCUGUCCAGCGCUAACCCCAGCAUGCCCUACGCUAUGGGCCAUCUGGAGACUGAGUUCCUUGAGAGCCUUGGCGUCACUAUCAACGACAUGGAGCCGCUGGCAAGCAACUGCACCGAGUCGACGCCCAAGCAACAGCAGCAGGGUGCACCCAUAAUAGCGGCACCCAAAGAUAAGGGGUCCCAGCAAAACCAACCGAAGACCAAGGAAGCCUCACCCAAGAGGACCAACACCAAAGAACAAGAGGUAAGCUGGGCAGCAGCAGCCUCCCCCUCGUACAAAAAACCACAGACGCCACCGCCCACGAAAUUUGAACAGGAACUCGCGAGCAUGCGCGCACAGAUACAAACAGUCACACAAGAAAACAGACAACUCAAACAACAAGUGAUACAGCUCACACAACAACCACAAGAGAUGGCACCCCACUAG